UGUUGAUCUUGUUGAUGUUGAUCUUGUUGUUGAUCUUGUUGGUGUUGGUCUUGUUGGUGUUGAUCUUGUUGAUGUUGAUCUUUUGAUAUCGAUCUUUGUUGAUCUUGUUGGUGGUGAUCUUGUUAAUGUUGAUCUUGUUAGUGUUGGUCUUGUUAAUGUAGAUCUUGUUGGUGUUGAUCUUGUUAAUGUUGAUCUUGUUAAUGUUGAUCUUGUUGGUGUUGAUCUUGUUCGUGUUGAUCUUGUUGAUGUUGAUCUUGUUGAUGUUGAACUUGUUGGUGUUGAACUUGCUGAUGUUGAUCUUGUUGAUGUUGAUCGUGUUAAUGUUGAUCUUGUUAAUGUUGAUCUUGUUGGUGUUGAUCUUGUUGGUGUUGAUCUUGUUGAUGUUGAUCUUGUUGGUGUUGAUCUU